GGUAAAGGUUUUGCAUUGAUAUUCUCAACCAGUGACAUUUUAAGAGACACAGGGGACAGAGGAACAAACGAUAUGCCACCCAAACCAGCUCCAGCGAAAGGCGCCACUGCCAAGAAGGCUGCUCCGGCCAAGGUUCCUGCUGCUAAACCAGUAGCGAAGAAGGCAGCUCCUGCGAAGGCAGCUCCUGCAAAGGCACCCGCUGCAGCACCAAAACAAGAGAAACCCAAGGAAUCAUUGGUAAUGAUGGGAGUUGAGAUUGGACUAAAAGCACUUGCUAACACUCUUGAUAGUGACGAAUUGAAAUCUUCGGGACGGUGGCCACUCAUCAUCGACCAAUCUGGUAACGCCGUCACUUUCCUAAAGUACCGCGACACAAAUGUGCUGUUCGCGGCAGCACCCGCCUUGGACAUGCAGGGACCUCCUAUCAGAAGAGCUGUAAUGGGCUCUAUCAGGUUUGGCAAACCAUUGGUUAUCAAUAUGGAGGAGAGCGAUGACUUCGAUAAAUUGACGCAAGACUUUGAUAAGGUGCUUGUGGUCAAGGAUCUGAUGGCUAAAAUCAUGGAUAGGAGUAUUCUCAAGGAUGAAAACUACAAGCAACUUGUGUCGUCAGAGGAUGGGGACGAGUAUACUAAAUGCCAGGAACGAGAAUGGCGUGCUGAUGACUUUAGUUUUGUUCUCGCCACCACGAAAGUUGAAGUGUCUAAGGAAUUAUGCGGACAGUUCUACACCAUUCGCAUCGUCUAGAAUUAGAAGCUCCAAUUAGAAGCUCCAGAGACUCAAGGCACAAAACGCAAGCUGCAUAGUGUGCUAACUAUUUCUGUCGAAAUAGCAGAAUGAUCAAUCCACCUGGCUACUCCGGUCCGUUCGUCCAUCAACUCGUCAACCACUCCAUUUAUCACUAGACCUGUGUGGUUCUUCGUCAUCCGCAUCGUGAUGAAGUAACCUUAAUUUACGUGUAUGUAUCGCGUGGUGUUCUCUAAGUGAAUAACUUUUACUGCUCUUGUUUUGAUUAUUCCAUCACACAAAUGUUUAUAUAAUUUGAUAUCAUACCGCUUGACCCUGUCAAUUUAGAUGUCAUGAAGUUGUCAUGUUCCCCUAAUCACAGUUUGGCUCUACUAUACUCUGGUUUAAAUACAUAUACCGAUGCAUCCAUGGUCUCUGUGAAAUACAGAUUGAUGUGGCAUUCUUUCAUCAGCGUGACGUGUUCGAAAGUGCUCCCUCCCUUACCUUGAUGAUUUGUUCAGCUUGAAUUGCUUUGUCUAAUUGUCGGUCUUUUUUCAGUUUUGCUUGCAACAAUUGGAAUUAAACAAGUACUUCAAAUAUUUGGUCCGUGGUUGUAAAUUUCUUCUGCAAAUAUGGGAAGAAAGGUCAAUAUUGUCGAUUCAACAGGUUGAGGCUAAGUCCUGACCAAAUUGAAACAAGCUAUGAUACAGGCCUCAUCGCUCGCUUCAUGAACACCAAUGUAAAUAUGCCAUUAAUUGUAGUAAAUA